UCGGGGAUGUAGCUCAGAUGGUAGAGCGCUCGCUUAGCAUGCGAGAGGUACGGGGAUCGAUACCCCGCAUCUCCAUUUUCUUUCUUUCUGCUUUUUUUUUCCUCCCCUUCUUUUGGAACUCCCGACAAGACUCUGUCAAUGCCACAAUGUCUCCCUCGAAAUGAUAAAAUUCUCGCGCCGCACUGCAGCUUCAAUCAUUGUAGGAGAAAUUAUUGGUCUGUUUUUUCUCCUUUUUUUUAAUCAUUUGAAUUCUUAAAUUCACAGGCAGAAGAGGAAAUCCAGAAAUUGAAGAAUAAUGGGGAAGACGACGAGGAAACUGGAAGUGAGUUCGCCGGUUCCGGCGGAUAUAGACAUCGCCAACUCAGUGGAGCCUCUUCACAUCUCCGAUAUUGCCCAGGACCUCAAUCUCGGCCCCAAACACUACGAUCUCUAUGGCAAAUAUAAAGCCAAGGUGCUUUUGUCUGUGCUUGAUGCGAUUGGAGGAGGUCAAGAUGGGUAUUAUGUGGUGGUUGGAGGGAUAACUCCAACCCCUCUUGGAGAGGGCAAGUCCACUACAACCGUUGGCCUUUGCCAGGCGUUGGGCGCUUAUCUUGAUAAAAAGGUCAUAACAUGCCUCCGCCAACCGUCCCAAGGACCAACCUUUGGAAUCAAGGGUGGGGCUGCAGGUGGGGGCUACAGCCAAGUGAUUCCAAUGGAUGAGUUUAACCUUCACUUAACAGGGGAUAUUCAUGCAAUAACUGCCUCAAACAACCUUUUAGCAGCAGCCAUUGAUACACGGAUUUUCCAUGAAUCGUCCCAGUCCGACAGUGCACUUUUCAACAGAUUAUGCCCCUCGAAUAAGGAGGGCAACCGAAGAUUCAGUGAUGUCAUGCUUAGGCGUUUGAAGAAACUCGGCAUUGAGAAGACAAACCCCGAUGAGCUAACCUCAGAAGAAGUUACGAAGUUUGUUAGGUUAGACAUCGAUCCUUCAUCCAUAACAUGGAAAAGAGUUAUGGAUGUGAAUGACCGGUUCUUGAGGAAGAUUACAAUUGGUCAGGGCCCUGAUGAGAAGGGUAUGGUGAGAGAGACAGGGUUUGAUAUAUCUGUUGCCAGUGAGAUAAUGGCGGUUUUAGCCCUAACGACGUCACUAGCUGAUAUGAGGGAAAGGCUGGGCAAAAUGGUAAUUGGGAACAGCAAGGCUGGUGAUCCCAUCACGGCGGAUGAUCUUGGCAUAGGGGGCGCUUUGACUGUCCUGAUGAAAGAUGCCAUAAACCCCACCCUGAUGCAAACUCUGGAGGGCACCCCUGUCCUCGUCCAUGCGGGCCCAUUUGCAAACAUCGCCCAUGGGAAUUCGUCCAUAGUUGCGGACAAAAUUGCGUUGAAACUCGUGGGACCUGGCGGUUUCGUGGUGACCGAGGCAGGAUUCGGAUCCGAUAUCGGGACGGAGAAGUUUAUGAACAUAAAGUGUAGGUAUAGCGGAUUGAAACCCCAUUGUGCUAUAGUUGUUGCAACGGUGAGGGCCCUCAAGAUGCACGGGGGAGGCCCAGAAGUGGUGGCAGGAAAGGCUCUCGACCAUGCUUAUGUCAGCGAGAACAUUGCACUUGUUGAAGCGGGGUGUGUAAAUCUUGCCAAGCAUAUAUCAAACACGAAAGCUUAUGGUGUGAAUGUUGUGGUGGCUGUGAAUGCAUUUUCUACAGAUACUGAGGCAGAAUUGAAUGCUGUUAGGAAAGCAUCAAUGGCCGCUGGAGCUUUUGAUGCUGUAAUUUGUACUCAUCAUGCCCAUGGCGGGAAAGGAGCGGUUGACCUUGGUGUUGCAGUUCAAAAGGCAUGCGAAAGUGUUUCACAACCAUUGAGAUUCCUGUACCCGCUUGAUAUAGGCAUCAAAGAUAAAAUUGAGGCAAUAGCAAAGUCAUAUGGGGCCAGUGGUGUUGAGUACUCGGAACAGGCUGAAAAGCAGAUAGAGGUGUAUGGGAAGCAAGGGUUUUCCAGCCUGCCAAUUUGCAUGGCUAAGACCCAGUAUUCGUUUUCUCACAACCCUAAACAAAAGGGAGCGCCGAGUGGGUUUGUCCUUCCCAUUAGAGACGUAAGGGCAAGCAUUGGGGCAGGGUUCAUCUAUCCUUUGGUUGGAACAAUGAGCACCAUGCCUGGACUCCCUACAAGGCCUUGCUUCUACGAAAUCGAUCUUGACACUUCCACUGGAAGAGUUAUUGGUCUUUCUUGAUUUGAUUUUUUUCAAGGAACAUUUAGGGCUCGUUUGGCUGAAAUGGCCGAACUAGAUGAUUUUCUUGAAAAGAAAAGCGUUUAAUGACAUCUAUUUCAGCUGCAGAAGUUGGUCGAAAGAUACAAAUGGAGCCUUGAUAUUGUUACCGCAUUGAAAUUUUACACGUUUCUCUGGAAUUAUACCGUUUUGUGUUAGGAUAAAUUGGCAAGUCUCCAAAUCUUCAAAUGUUGUUUGAUUGUAGGCAAUAUAGAAGUUUCUUCUUUUAUUUUUCCUCUUACAACGGAAAGGAUGUAAACACAUUAUGCAACUCAUCAUUUCAUCACUAUGCAUUUCUCUUUUAUGAUAAUAAAACUAAAUGUGUUUC